UUGCUAGUUUUUACUGGUUGUUGCAAGACGCGUGAAUAGGCCUGCGACGGUGUUGGCGUUGUUCUCAACGAUAAAUAAAUCGAGAAACUGCGUAGAAUGGAAGAUCAAGGCCCAUCAUCUCCCCAGAAGAAAAUUAAGAAUGGUGGUAUGAAGAAAAAGCAGACCCCCUUCGGUGGUGACAUAGUUUUCACCACCAGGAAUGGAUCCAUUCAGACCAUUCCCUCCCUGGCCAAGCGGCUGAAAUCGGUGACCGACCCUGUCUUGGGUCUUCAGUUUGUGUGGGAGUAUCGUAGCCCCAGUAAGUCAGUACCUCCUCACUACAUGUGCAGACUGUGUAAGGUCCAGCGGCUGCAGAACGAGAUGCUAGCUCACAUCAUGGGCUGGAAACAUAACUUCAGAUACAUGAAGAAGAAUCAUGCAGAGAAGGUGCCUCAGCAAGAGGAGGACGCAGUGAAAGACCCCGCGGUUCGGAAAGCCAUUAAAAACGCAGCCGUAGAGGUUGAGAAUGCAGAGGGCAGAGGACAACUCAGGGUUGUACUCAAGGAGCCUAGCGAGGUUGCAGUAUUCAAGACAAUGAAGUCUGCCCAACCCAAAUUAGGAGGUCCAAUAGGAAUGCCAGGGCUCUGUGGUCCGGGUCCUGGUCUCAGAGGUCCACAGUCAGGGCCCUUUGGAGGUUUUCCAGACCAUAUGUUCCACGGCGGCCCGCUGCCCGAGUUCUCCCCAGGAAUCCGUGGGAUUCUGGGAGACGUCCCCGUGAGAGGGGGGCCGUCAGACCACGGGAGUUUCCCCGGCCCUGCUCGUUUCGGGAACGCCCUUCCAGGCCCUGACAGGGGAAUGAGGGGUCUAGACGAAGGAAUGGGACCGCAGCGUUUCCCGGACAACGGGCCCAUGCGCGGCGGCCCGGACGGCUUCGGCCAGCGCGGCGAGGGCAUGGGAAAACCUUAUCCCAGCGACUUCCCCAGCAGCAGCAGUGACAGGAUGAUGGGCGGGGACAGGAUGAUGGGCGGGGACAGAAUGAUGGGCGGAGACAGGAUGAUGGGCGGAGACAGGAUGAUGGGCGGAGACAGGAUGAUGGGAAGCGGAUCCAAAGGCCCAGAAGGCAGCAGCAUGCCCGCCACCCUGCUGAAAUACCUGGACACGUUUCGUAUCGAGAACGAGGAUGAUGCUCAGAUCGUGCUGAAGGUCACUCAGAAGCUCACCGAUGCUCUGAUGGAAUACCGCCUCAAAAGCAUCUCCUCGGUUCCCAGUAUGAAGUCCAUGUCCUCCAGCUCUUUAGGGGGCAUGAGCUACCCGUCGUCCUCUCGUAUGCCCAACUCCAACGACAGAUUCCCCAGCAGUAUGUCAGGACCGUCCAGAUAUUACAACUGAAACGAUCCAGAGGACAGAGUUGGCCCUGAGGUGCAGUUUAACUUUCAUCACUCACACUUGACACCUCUGUGAUCGUCGUGUUCUCCUGGUUCCUACAAUACAGCGUUCCGUGUGGAGUCUUUUGUGCAUUUCAGUGUAGAUACUUUUUCUUUUUGUUGUUGUUGAUUUGUUGGACCAAAAAUCACAAUUUUAUCUAAAAGCUCGACACUGGAAGUUUGACACCAUUUU